UUUGAUAAGUUAUCUGUCAAAUAUUCGUACAUAACCUUACAUUCGUAGUUUUUCUCAUAUCUUUGAAUAUUUUUGCAUAUAAAUAAUAACUAAAUCUCAUAUUUAAUACUAUUUUAAAAACACAACAAGUGCUAUUAAAUCUUCGCGUUAACUAACUUCUGGUGUAAGAAAUGUCAGAAGAUGCAGAGCAGCAGGCAGAGGAAAUUGAAGUUCUCAAGUCUAUAUACGAAGGAGAUGAGAAUUUUAAACAAGUUGAUGCCACAACCUAUCAAUACAAGUAUAUUGAAGGAGACAAAUCUUUUGUAUUGGAAAUUAAAUGGGGACCGACAUAUCCAACAGAAAAACCUAAAUGCAACUUAGAAAUAUUCUACAAUCAACAUUUAUUACCUUCCGUUAAAGAAAAAAUUUUGGCAAUAGUGGAUGCGGAGGCAGAGCAGUGGGUGGGAUGUGCAAUGACAUAUACAUUGUUUGAGUGCUUGAAAGAAAAAGUUGCGGAGAUUCUUUCCGAGCAGACCGAGGAGGCUGUCGUGGCCAGGGUGGAGAAGAUAGCAAUAGAUGAUCAGACUGAAUCAAAGAAACCAGAGAAGAAGGAGCAAUUGACAAAAGCGCAGAAGCGUCGAGCGUGGGACCGCGCUGAGAUCGGGCGCGCCGGGGAGAAGCCCCGCGGCUGGGACUGGGUCGACAUCGUCAAACAUCUCUCACAAGCCCCGCACCAGCCCUCCUCAUGACCUCUACUUAUGUAGAACGUAUGUUCUCACUAUGCAAAUGCUAAAUUCUAGGGAUAUUCUACAAUCUCAGCUGUCAAGGUGACAUUUUCAUUUUUUAAAAGGGUUGCCAGUUGAAAUAAUUAUGAACUGAUGAAUAACAGUUAAACAAAUGAUUAUUAAACUUUUUGUAACUCACUUCUUGAGUUGCUUGAAGUAUAUAUGUUUUUGAUGAAUAAUGGCAAUAACUAUGAAACUUAAUAUU